GUUGACGAUUCAGCAUUCAUCUUGACUUUCCUUCAUACAACGACGGCGAGCAACUCUUGAAAAGAUGAACGCCCAAACACUCCUCCGCGCCAGAAUGGCAACCCAACAACUCAGCCGUCGCGGUUUCUCUACCACCCGUCCUCGCCUCGAUCUCUUCAGUCCCUACCAUUACCCCGAGGGUCCAAGAUCCAACUUGCCCUUCAAUCCUAAGACAAGAUUCUUCUACGUCAGAUACUGGCUAUUCAUGGCCACUGGAUUUGGCGUUCCAUUUGGCAUGGCUGUUUGGCACACAUACAAGGCAUAGAGGUCAAAAGCAGGACAAUGUGGGGAUGACAGCAGAAUGCGUCAAGGUUGAAGAUGCCAGGGAUUGGCAAACCUGGCACUGGAUUUGUACAAAGCUCACAUCAAUACCAAAUUCAUUACAAGAAGGACAUCCUCUACCUUUCCGAGACCUCACUAACAUCC